UACAGGUCAGUAUUAAAUAUUACAUUUAAUUUAGAAAUAUGAUUUUGUAUUUUUAUGGUUGUAUCUACUCUUUGAAAACUUUAUAUUCAGAGUAACGAAGUUAAAAGCAGUUACCAUAUGGAGAAGGAAGGUUUGGUUCGAUCAGUUAACUUUAUCAAAAGCCAAGAAUUAAAAAUCAAAGAGAUUGUUACUGAUCGUCACGUACAGAUUGUGAAGUAUGUGAGAGAAGAAAUGCCAAAUUCAGUACACCACUUUGAUGUGUGGCAUGUUGUAAAAGGCCUGAAGAAGAAACUUCUUGCCCUUUCCAAGGAGAAGGAAUGUGAGAGACUCAUGGCGUGGAUAAAAAGUCUAUGUAACCACAUGUACUGGUCAGAAGCUUCAACACCAAGUGGGAAUGGGCAACUUAUGCUGGAGAAAUGGGAAUCUGUGAUCAACCAUGUUCAAAACAUCCAUGAACAUGAUGAAUACAUUGGUCAAUUAAUGGAUGUAGCUGUCACCUUAGCAGAGGAAAAACCCAUGCAUUCAAGUGUCCUGGACCUUGAAGAUGUACCACCACCCCUUGCAAGUGCAUAUGAAAAGCCAGAGAAACAAGUGGCAAUACAGGAAACGAUUUCGAGAUAUGCCAACGUCAUUGAAUCAGAUUUAUAUGACAGUGUUGAUGAGCCAUCCUGCUCCAAUGCAUGA